AUGUAUCAGGACUCCGACAUUGCGAAGAUGAUGGCAUGUGGUCGGACAAAGGCAGAAGCCAUCGUCACGGACGUGCUUGCCCCUGCCUCCGUCAAAGAUUGCUUGAAAGAGGAGAACCUGAAGACGGUGCUGAUGAACCUGACCAGUGCCUCGGUGCAGACUAACAAUGUGGGAACCAAGCAGGCAGACACCGUCUACUUCUUGGCCAUAACACCCCAAUUGGUGACGGAGGUGGUCAAAGCUGAGAGUCCGGAUGGCAUCCUGCUCUCCAUCGGCGGACAAAUGGCACUCAACUGUGCAGUGGUGCUGUUUCAGAUUGGCGUACUGCAGCAGUACGGUGUGAAGGUUUUGGGCACACCUGUAGAGUCCAUCAUCGCCACAGAGGACAGACAGCUGUUUGCUGACAAACUGAAGGAGAUCGAUGAGAGGAUCGUCCCCAGUGUGGCUGUGGAGUCGGUAGCUUUUUUCUUUUGCCAUGACCCGGAUUCGAACCGGGGUUGCUGCGGCCACAACGCAGAGUACUAA